AGGCAAUCAACCUCCUGAUAUCGGAGACAGUCGACAAAAAAAUUGAACGGUUGUGGGUGUAUGCUAUGUUCGAUUGUUUUCGGUCACCAGAAGAAAACUCGUAAAAUCUCGGAAUACCCGCAAAUGCUCUUCGACUUCUGACUCGAGGGGUUUUUAAAUUGCACUCGAAGUAUCGAACAACAUUGCGCGGGAAAGUGAUUUAAAGGACUCGUUAUUGUUUUUGUUAUUAUUAUCAAGCGCUGUGAAGAUAUAAAUAAGGAAGAGGAAGAAGGACAUCGAAGUGUUUUGCUAGUGAAGUGAGAAGAAAUAUAGAAAGAUAGAAAGAGAGAGAAGGAGAGCAAAGCAUCAAUUACCGUUAUCAGCUUACCGGCAAUAACAAAACCAUGUUGAUCUCGUGCAAAUGCUCGAAUUUUGUUGCUUCGACUUCGAAAUUGCAGCGCAGCAACAGUAGCAGCGGCACAGGGGGCCGCGUGGGCGGUGCAGAGGUCGCCAACGGCGAUGUACCCACCGCGAUCCUCCUGUCGCAGGUGUUCCAGCAGAAGUAUCCACUGGACUUCGUCUUCUACGGCCAUAUCAUGGAGUUCUUCAAACACGCCUAUGGUCCCAUUCCAGACCUCACCGUGGCUGUGAUUAACCAGCGGGAGCUCUUGUAUGGUCUCACCCUGGAAGCUGCUGGCCAGAGUUGGCAGCUGAGCCUGUGCAUCAACUGCAAGGAGGUGCUGUGCGCCAAGCGAUUGACGGCGGGCGCAGGAGCCACGCCCACUCUCUACCUCAUCAACUGCACGCUGCUGACCAGCAGCGAAGAGCUGGCGCAAAGGAAGUCCAACAAAGCCUUCUCGGAGACCUUCGAGCUGCUGAUCAUGGAUCACACAGGUAGUGACUCUGGUUCGACUCGACCCACCAAUGGAUUAUCCAACUCCGCCUCGAGUCUGAGCAUCGGCUCCCUGUCUGCGAAUCCCACGGAUGCCAGGGUGCAGAGAUUGAGAAUGAUACAAGCGCACCAGCAGGCGCGAUUGCAGGAAGAGAUUGUGGAGACAAACGAGAGGAUCGAGCGGUAUACGCGCACUCAGUUCCAGUUGCUAAACAGUUUCCGGGAGAAAUCGGAUCAGGACUGCGCGUUGCUUUUCAAAGUUAUACGUGCGUUGCCCGAGCAGGCCUCGGAGCUCCUCGAUCGUGCCAUGCUCCCCGCCCUUGAUGUGGCGGCCAAUCAGCCGCAGAGUGCCACUGCCCGGCGCAGGAACACCAUCAGCAGCCGGCGGGAGUUGAAUGGUGGACCCACCACACCCACUACUACGCUGACACAUCCACCCAACUUCCUAACGCUGAACCAGCAGCCGCAGCAACAGUUGCAGGCGCAACAACAGCAGCAACAGUUGCAUUCGCAGCAGCAACAGCAACAGCAAGCCCCGCAGAGUGUCUCGAUGGCCAGGAAGAUGUCGCACUUUGACACACCGCCCGCCACCCCAGAAGCCACGCCCAUGAGCGUGGGCAACAGUCCCACCUUCCGGCAGCAGUCGGCAGCCGGCGGUGCUGGUGGUCUUCCCACCCAGACGUUGACCACAAAUGGUGUGGGUCAGUCCAGUGCUACCGAAGAUGCGGAUGACUGCCUGUUCGAUCUGGAGGAUGUGGAUGCUCCCGUGCCGGUUCAGUCUGUGCCAGUGCCUAGCUACCCGCGCAGCCUGAUCUAUCAGCAGCAGCAUCACCACAAUCCGUUCCAGCAGCUGAGCCAACAAAAUGGCCUACGAAGCGUCCUAGAUGACGAAACUGCGGAUGAAGCUGAAGAUGCUUUGGACCCGGAUAGCUCCAUUUCCAUACCAGUGCGCGGUGGAGGGCGUCCCAGCCAUGCGCAGUUGAUGAACUUUGCCCGGAGUCUGCCCAUCGAGAUAGCCAACACCACGCUGGCUGAGAGAGCUGCUGUGGCCAACAACAAUAAUUUCGGACAGGGCUGCGAGGAGGGAAUGGACAACAUCGACAUAGCUGCCAGCAUCCAAGCGCUGACCAGAAGUGUCCAUGGCGAGGCUGUUUUUGGGGACUUGCCACGCCCCCGCCUGCGAUCUCAGAUCGAGGGCUAGCUAAGCUGGCAGGGAUUUUGGAGUCACCACUACGUACACAUAAAUAUAUCAGCUCGUAAUCCGCAUAAUUUGUUUGCCUGUCGCCUAGCCGCCUUAAAAAUUGUUUUCGCUAUCUGAACUAAAUUAGUUGCUCAACGAAACAAGGACACACGAAGCGCCUUCCACAGACACCCACAAAUACCCACAUGUCCUUCAUAUAACACAUGAAACCACAUACGCACCACCUACAAACUACCAAGUACCAAUUAAGCAGACAGUUUGCAAUUUCUUUAAUUAUAUAUCGCCUAUAAGUUUUCUUUCAUUUUUUCGGAUGAUCUUCGAUUGGAAAUGUGUAUUUUCUUCGUUCGACGAGUGUACGCCUGUUAUUGGCUGUUGCACAUUGAGUUAACUAACUGAUACUGAUACUGAUGAUGUUGUUAGUUUAUACAAUGAAUAAUCUAGUAUACAUAUACAUUAUAUAUAUUAUAAAAUACAUAAAGAAUGCCAUCAGCUCCAGCUGAUACACAGGCAAGGCGCAUCACAAAAGCGUCCAACUUA